GGAUGGCAACUUGGUCUCCAAAUUGGGAACGCCUCAUCUGCAGGCCAAGUCGUCGUCCGUCGGAGGUCGAUCACCUCGGCUCGGGUCGAUUGGGACCAAGGUCGGACUGGGGCUGAACAAGAGGGAAGAUGUACCGGGGACGGGACCAACUAUGCAAGCGAGCGGAAGUUCGGGGACGAUCUACGCUCGUCGAUUUGGAGGCGCUGGAGGUAUCCCUCCCCGGUUCCCCGAAUCCUUGCAAGAACUGGAAGACGUGUGUAACGCUGAAGAGACACGUUUCUUCAACACGCUGGACAAUGAGUUGGAAAAGGUCGAAGCGUUCUACCACGACCGGGAGACGGACGCGUUGAGACGGUCGAGGGAGUUGAAACGGCAGUUGGACGAGCUGGCGGAACAUCGAAGAAUAUUCCACGAGGCCGAAGAGGAGAGGAUGAACGAGGGCAAGGUGAAGAAGUAUAUCGGAGGGGCAGUGGAAGGGGUGCAGAAGAGGAUCCCGUUCGUAGCUUCCGUCAUCCAGAUUGGCGACCCCAAGGCGUCGGGAUCGACCGCAAACACGACGGCCACCGCACUUCCGAAGACGACCGGUUCGAAACGUACGGAAGGGGAAGAUUCUGACAUCGGCAAGGAGAGAUCGUCCCAGGACGGGUCGAAUCAACCCAGCACAGGUUCGAACGGGAUCCGUAACCGUACCCCCUUGGAAGCGCGGACGAGCUUCGAUCCGGAAAAGUACCAACGAUACAAGAAGAAGCUGCGGACUGCCAUCAUCGAAUUCUACAAGGAGCUCGAGAUCCUCAAGAAUUACCGGAUCUUGAACAUUACGGGUUUCAAAAAGGCUUUGAAGAAGUUUGAAAAGACGGCUAGGAUCAAGUGUAUCGAUCUUUAUAUGGACGGCAAGGUGUCUAAGCGGAGCUUUGCCGACGGACGGACGGUGGACCGGUUGUUGAAGCAGAUGGAGGAUGAGUUUACGUUGCGGUUCGAGAAGGGAGACCACAAGAAGGCUGUCGGAAGGCUGCGUGGGCAGUUCGUCACCAAGACUCACCACCUGAUAAGCUGAGCGAGAUCUCUUUCAUAGCAUUGAGAGAUCAGACUCGUCGCAGAUUUCCUCAGGUCGAAGCUAUACUCCUGGUCUAUUCGGCACUAUUCUUACCGGUACUGUUUGGAAUGCUCUUCGAGUUGAACUUGGCGGCUUUUGUUGCUGCGCGGAUCAACUAUGGUUUCAUCAUGGAACUCGACAUCCGGACGGCCAUUGAUCAUCGCCAGUUCUUAGAGAUACCGGCUAUGCUGUUCGCUGCGCUCUCUCUGUGCUUCUAUUUCUCGGUCCAUCAAGUUGGAGAGCCCGCAAUAUCGCCAUACGCGUCAGUCUAUGGUGGGGACUGUUGAGCCGAGGUGAAACUGAU